UACCGAUAAAGCGGGAGUUGUGGGUUGCUUUUGCGGCCGCCUAAGCUGCAAAGCACUGCGUGAAACACUAGAAAGGGUGUAUCACGAUUCUGCCUUUUCACACCGCGACACUAGCCUGGCUAGCGCCACCAGAAUCAAAUCGCGAUUUGAAACACCCAGGCUACCGCGACACAGUAUCGUGAAUAUGAAUGUCGCGAUUUCGGUUUCGAAUCGUAUAUCGUUACAGCCCUAUAAGUUAGAAGUCCCUGUUCAAAAAUAAAGAAAUUCAGUGAGUGUCUAGGGAGGUACUGAGUGGAAUGCAUCAUGCUCUGCCAUAGGUGCUGCCCCCUGUUUAGAUCGGCAAUGAUGUUUUCUCAAAGCUACCAGUGACCAACAGGUGAAAAACCAAUGCAUGUCAUUUAGUGACCUACGGUAUUCAUGGCUUCAUUGUUUUAGGAAAAUAAAGCCCUGAGGCUCUUAUGAGAAGAGUUAUACUAACUCUGAGUAAACUUGUGUCACUAAACCACGUACUUGGAUUACUUCCCAGAUGGAGCAUCACCAGUGGCAUCGGGAGGGGAAGUUGGGUGUUGGGAACCUAGGUUCAGUUUCAGGGCCGCCCAGUUCUGUUUUUAUAUCCUCCUUUCCAAGGGUAGUCACGUUGACAGAGCCACCUGAGGGAGAAUUGUGUCUGGCGUAGCCUACAGCAGCAGGGGGAAUUCUGACACAUACUUGUGACAGAUUUGUGGUUUUCUUUGAAUGAGAGGUAUUUGGAUGGAUAUUUGUUUUAAGUUGAAUGAUUUUUUGUGAAAGUAUGGCUUUGUUUACCCUGUUUGCCUGGGCUGUGGUUUUGAAAAUAUUAUCCUGUAAUGUUUUCCUGUGAGUUUCAGUGUCAAGUUUUUACUUCACCUGAUAACUCGGGUAAAGGUUUUAUUGUUUAAUUAAACUGCAUCGUUUGAUCAUUUGGACGAGAAUACUUAUUCUUUACUUAGAAGUUGUAGUUAUUUAGGACAUGUAGGUUGAUGUUCUCACUGUGUUUUGAGCUUGUUUUUCUUUCCUGUCGAAUCUCCACUAUUGAAACACACAUGAGGUGCAGUUCUCAAACCUGAAUGGUGAGACAGAAGUCUUUUUUUUUUUUUUUUUUUCUUCCGGUCUUAUCUGAAGCAUGGAUGUUGAAGCCUGGAUUUCUGGUCCCUGCAAUGAGAAGUAGCUGACGAGGAUAUCUACCAACCUAGAACACCUUUGUCCAAUCACAACGAUGGAAUAUCAGGAUGGAACCCUCAGCAGCAGCAGCCAGUCAGUGAUCAGUGGCUUGGAGAGGUCUCCCGCCGCGUCUGCGUUUAGGCCCUCCCACUCCCGGGAGGACAGCACAGGCACAGGCUCCUCACGGCACUCGCGCCAGAACUCGAGGGACUGGGAGAUCAUGAACGACAUCCAGCCAGUGGCCACAGUGCCUGCCCCGAUCCUGGCUGUGAAUGUGCCUGGACUCUGUGAGGGUUACAUGAUGAAGAAGAGGAAGUACCCCCUCAAAGGCUGGCACAGGAGAUAUUUCCACCUGGAGAAAGGAAUCCUGAGAUACUCUAAAACCCACCAAGAGAUUUUGAGGGGGAAGAUUCAUGGAUCCUUGGAAGUCAGUCUCGCGGUCAUGUCCAUCAAUAAGAAGUCUAAACGCAUCGACCUGGAUGCUGGCCACAGUAUAUACCACAUGAAGGCCAAGACUCAAGACAUGUUCUACAUCUGGCUGACCAAGCUGUCCGCCCACCGCAUGUAUGGAAAAAACGAGGCCAUGAGUGCCCACCAGGAGGUGCUGAAGGCCUUCUCCUCACACUCUGGCACAAUGUCCACCAUGACCAGCCUCUCACAGAGGGGCAGGGCCAUGUCCAUCAUGCUCCCUCAAUACCAGAGCAUGAUGUCCAUUUGUUCUCCUGAGCUAGAGCGGCCCUCCCCUGCCUCGACUGGAGUCAACGGCAAGGUGUCCGCCUGGCUUCAGCAGACCACAGAGGCUGACGCUUGCACCCAUGAGCUGAACCGGUGUGAGCUGGACCUGACUGAGCUGGGUCGUCUGAUCCAGCGGCUCCACUGGCUGGAGGGGGGUCUGCCCAUCACCGACUCGGACCUGGAGCGACGCAUCAGCAUGCAGAAUCUCACUCUCGAAAAACCUAAGAAAAAGUCAGGGAAGAUCUUUGGCCACUCGCGUUCUCACUCCCACACACCGAUGUUCUCCCCCAGUUACCUGGGCAACACAUCCCACCUGGGCGCCUCUGUCCAGUCUAUCCCUGACUACGUCUACACCCAGCUCUCCACACCGGCCGCCGGCUCGCCCGACGGCAAGAAGCUCCAGCAGGACAUCUGUGUCCUCUCCACACGAGUCCACUCCUCUCUGAAGUCCAUCCAGAACGUUCUGACUCAAGAGCGAGAGCGCCUGCGGCAGGCUUGGACAGGGCCAGAACUGCGGCAGUCCACCUCGGACCAGCUGGCCACACUCUGCUCCACCAUGUCUGAGCUGGAUCUGCAGGCCCGUUUAACAAAAAUUCACUCCCUGUCCCUCUCCUCUGAAUCGUCGGAAGAGUCCUUCUGCACUGUGCGCCAGGAUCAGCCUGCCCAGUCAGCUGCCCGGCAGCAGGAAAUGCAGCAGCACAUGCGGCAGCUCUCUGUCGCCGACUCUAUGGCUGAGUAUUUCGAUGCCAGUGAGGUGCUCCUCGAUGAGAGCUCAUCGGAGAACGAGGCCUCGGACGAGUCGGGCCUGAGCGACAUCACCACCAGCAACUCCGAACCUGAAGAGGGCCACGCCUCAGCCUCCGUUAAGUACAGGGAGAGUGUCUCCAGUGCCCCAGAUGUCCCCAGCGCUGUCCCUAAGAACACAGGCCGGCGGACGGUCCUGCCCGCACCAUGUGCCGACAACAGCCACAUUGGCAUCUUCUCUAUUCUCUACAACAACGUCGGGAAGGACCUGUCACGCAUAUCCAUGCCAGUGGCCCUCAACGAACCCGUCAACUUCCUGCAGAGGGUCAGUGAGGAGCUGGAGUAUUCAGAGCUGCUGGACAUCGCGAAUCGCACGGAUGACCCCUACGAGAGGAUGGUCUACGUGGCUGCCUUCUCCAUCUCUGGCUAUGCCUGGGCUACCUGGAGAAGUAACUACAAGCCCUUUAACCCAGUCCUGGGCGAGACCUAUGAGAACAUCAGAGACGACAGAGGCUUCCGCUACGUCAGUGAGCAGGUCAGCCAUCACCCUCCUCUGUCGGCGUGUCAUGCUGAGUCUGAAAACUUCAGCUUCUGGCAAGACCAGCGUUGGAAGUACAAAUUCUGGGGCAAAUCAGUAGAGAUCAUCUCCUGCGGAAACGUCAAUGUCACUUUGCCUAAGUAUGGAGAUCACUAUGAGUGGAACAAGGUCAUCACCUGCAUCCACAACGUGUUUAGCCCCCAGCGGCACCUGGAGCACUAUGGAGAUGUGGUGAUCCGCAACAAGAACAGCGACGGGUGCACAUGCAAGAUCACCUUUGUCAAAGCUCGCUACUGGGGUUCAGAGGGCAGUAAGAAUGAGGUGCAGGGCACAGUCCUGAAUGCAGCAGGCAAGGUGGUCCAUCGCUUUGGUGGCUGUUGGCAUGAGGGCAUCUUCUGUGAUACCCUGCCCAACCCCAAAUGCAUAUGGAAGCCAAACACUCAACCUGAUGACUGGCAGAAGUUCUAUGGCUUCUCGCAGUACGCCAGAGAGUUAAAUGAGCUCACCCCUGAGCUGGCCAAGGUGCUGCCCCCUACAGACUCACGCUUCAGGCCGGACCAGAGGCUCCUGGAGGAGGGAAAGCUUUCUGAUGCCGACAAGAAGAAGGAUGAGGUCGAGAAUAAACAGAGGGAGAGAAGAAAAGAGUUGGCCAAAAAGGGCGAGGAACAUAUUCCCCGCUUCUUUAGAAAACAACUGGACGAUGCUGGUCAAGAGGUAUGGGUGACCAACGGGACCUACUGGAAGGUUCGGAAAGAGCCAGGUUUUGCUUACACUGAUAACCUGAACCUUUGGUAGCCCUGUCUGCAAAAAAAACAAACAAAUUUUUCAGAUUGGCACCAGUGAUCCCAUGCCCAGAGUUCUGAUGGACACCAGAGACUGACGAGGCUGUGUUUUUGUUUCUCGGCAUGAAAUGAGCCACUCGGGUCAUCCGUGAGUGGGGAUUGUGCCAACCUGGAGUGCAUGAGGAACAGACUAGUUUGCUACUCGUCCACUGACAAUGCCGAUACUCCAGACGGGCCUCUGUGCUUUCGCCGUCUCCACAGAUCGGAGAAAUUAGUUUUAUGAAUGUUAUGUACGCUCCUUUACCCGCAUGCAUACUUUGUACAUUGAUUUUAGAACUAUUGCAAUUUUAUGCCAGUGAAGGGGACUCCUGAGUGUAUAAUGAGAUUUUCAUGUAUAAUGCAGAUAGCGUACAGAUGUGGCUGUCAAAACUAAAUGGUAAGGUGGUGGUUGCACUGAUCAAGAUAGGUUCCCACUUCAAUGGGUCUUAACUGUAUGUUUACCUGCAUGUUUUUCUCAAUGGAUUGUACAUGUGUUAACUUUACUUUGGGGUGAUUGCACAUAUGUAUUUUUUGGCACUGCAGGCAGAUUUGAUUGUACUUGCUAGCCUGGUGUAGGAUAAUGUGCUUCGCUUCAAAGCUAAUCUGUAAAUAGCACUGAGCUGUCCCUCAUCUGCCUUGCUUGAAGUGUGUGUGUGUGUGAGGUAGAUUAAAAAAAAGUGUGUGUGUGUGUGUGUUCAUAAUGUGUGUUUUUUUUUUUUUUUUUUUACUUUUGCCUUAGGUGUUGAAAUUGAUAUUUUUAUGGAUGUUUCAACAGUUAUAUUUCAAGGAAAAGAGAAGCAUUGUUAACCUUCUUUAGAAGAUAUUCAAAGUGUGACUCCAUGUUUUAUAAACCCUUUUUAGUCUGAUGGAAAUAAAUAUUAAAACGAAAAUGAUAAGAUC